AUGGUGCUUCUCUUCCAGCUUCUAAUCACAGAUUUCGAAUGGGCACUCAGUGUAAAUCGGUUCAUAUUAAGAAUCGCUGGCUUAUGGCCGCCAGACAACUACGACACUCGUGAGGCACUAAAGUCGAAAAUAUGGCUGCUAUACAACUUUUUGACAAUUCUUUUCAUACUUACAAUACCAAUGUUAAUAUCGUUGAUAAGGGUAUGGGGGGAUAUGAUUUUAAUGAUAGAAAAUAUGCAAUACAGUUUGCCGUGUAUAGGUACAAUAUUCAAAAUCUGCAUUAUUUGGUACAAACAAGCAGAUUUACUACCUCUAAUUAACAUGAUCGAGAGAGACUGGAUGAAACCAAAGAUGAAAGAGGAGCGAGAUGUUAUGCUGAAUCGUGCAAGGAUUGUACGCGUAAUUGCCAUUUGCGGAAUCUCCGGGGCACUUUGUGGAAUAAUAAUUACUUUCAGUUUUCCAUAUCUCGGUUUGAGACUCAGGCAAGUGACGAACCUAACCGAUUCUGGAAAACCGUUGCCCGUACCAUCAUAUUUCUUGCACGAUGUUUCCAAAAGUCCGCAGUACGAAUUAACACUACUGAUGCAAAGUAUCACGGCUGUCGCAUGUGGUUGUUCCUAUACUGCGGUCGACCACUUUCUCGGACUAUUGAUUUUGCACAUAUGCGGCCAACUGGAAAAUCUACAUUUGCGACUGUCACGUAUGAAAAAGUAUCCGAAUUUCAAUGCGGCUCUUGAAUACAAUGUCCAGGAUCACAUCCGUAUAAUCAGGUCCGUCGACAUCAUCGACCGUACGUUUAAUUCAAUGUUACUUGUUCUGGUGCUCUACUUCGGCGUAUUAUUCUGCUUCCAAGCGUUUCUCAUAGUUGAAGUUGUGAAUCGAAAGGGCCAAUUAUCCUUGACCCAAAUGAUUUGGUUCGUCGCAGAUACCGUAUAUAUUUUGAUGCACAUGUGUCUUUAUUGUGUUGUCGGCGAAAUACUCAUCAUGCAAUCUGAGAAAAUAUAUCAAGUCGCGUACGAAUAUCCGUGGUAUAACAAAGAACCAAAAGUAGCAAAAAGCUUAAUGCUGAUCAUGCUGCGCGCCAGUAAACCACUUUAUAUCACAGCCGGGAGGACAUUUCCCAUGACGAUGACAACGUUUUGCAACUUGUUGAAAACUUCGGCGGGUUAUGUAUCGGUGCUACUCGCCAAUCAUGGUUAAUGGCCAUAUUUGAAUUUCCAGCUUAGAUUUUUUUUGUAAUAAUACAUUGUACAGCUGGUAAUUAAACUAGUUACAUGUAGUCAGUAAACAUAAUGGACAAUGUAUAAAGUGCCUUACAAACUAUUCUCUGUACAACUUCUAACGAUAGCGACAGAAUGUUGCGUGAUAUUAAUAGAAUGAAAUAGAGAAAGAGAGAGAGAGA